AUGGCGCACUGCAUCCGAGAGGUCUGUCCAAUGGCUAGGCUAUACAUCGCCCGCCUGGACGAUUCGAGGCUUGUCGAGAAUCAGAAGUUCACCAUUGCUUCCUGUCACCAGGGAAAAUUCGUCAACCUUAUCAAAUGUGCCGUCAACUCCAGGGAGAUCACCAUCUUCGGCUCUCUCCCGGACAAGAGCGUGACGGUAGAGACGGACCAGUUUGCCCCCGUGGGCAUCGACGAGGUCAUCAAGAUCGGCGCCGCCACCAUCUACGGGGAGAACUCGCGCAAGAACCUGCACGCAAGGCUAGAUUUUCUCCUCCCCGGCGAGAACCUGUUGAGUUCAUCUGGGGAAAUCGUCCGGGGUAGCUCGUACGCUACGGCCUAUGCUUCCGGUCUGGCCGCCAUCGUGCUGGGGCGUGACGAGGUGGCCAAGACGUGGAAGAAGACCAAGACGGAGGAUGGCAUGAAGGUCAUCUUCAGGCGUCUCAGCAAGAGGAAUCCGGAAGACCAGUCGGAGCGAGGCGUCUUUGUGCGGCCGUAUCUCACGUUUGGACAGGAGUUUGACUAUUCUCAAGACGGAAAAGGAAGACUUUGGAUAGCAGUUGCUAGGCAUUGUUGA